ACACACACACACACACACACACGUGCGCGCGCCUCCUAAAGAAGAAAGCCCUACUUUGCCCGUAAUGGAUUCAACAACUUGAUGAUUCCUCCUUCGCCUGUCGGCGCACAGACCUGACGAGCUGCUGCUGAAUUGCCACACUGCAGUGCAGCACUUGGUGAGCGACCUUAUUCCAACCACGCAACGCGAGAAAGAAAGCCUGCCGGUAAUUUGCGUGGAUUAUCUUUUUUUCCCCUUUUUUUUUUUUUUUUUUUUUUUUUGCGGGUCGCCCUUUUGGCAGUCAGCGCCACUGCGGUCUGUCGCUGGGCGAUAGAAGCUAACUAGCUAAGCUUUGCAUUGAAACAGACGCGAUUUUUGGCUAACAGUUAGCCAAGACAGGAAAAAAAAAAUCACUUCGGCUUUUCUCACCUGCAACGUUUGUUCUUUACAAAGUUUUAUAUUUCCUGCUUUCUUCUAGGACUCGAUAUUUCGGACUUGUCCUGUCAGAGUCAGGGAAUAACUUUGGCCUGAAAGUUUUUUUGGACCUUGGGACCUAAACCCGAAACCUAAGGGGAACAUCUGUUGGUACAAAAAGGAACCCUGAAACGGCUUUUUUUGGGAUGCCUGUGGAUAUAACAUUGGAUAAAUAUCUAUUUUUCAUGAAGAACUAAAGCUGCCUUGUCUUAUUAAAACUCAACCGUUGCUCAACUCUCAGCCCUCAAGCUAACACAACAAGUUAGCUGUCCCACAAACGUCCCGGUACCCACUCGCCAAAACUCUUCUCCUCUCUAUAAAUAUAUUUAAUUUGGACCUGGAUGUUUUUAAACCGAGCAACAAGCUGAGGGAAAAAAAGGACACCAGCUUUUUUUCCUUCGCUGUUGCCCGUUGACAAACAUGGGACACGCAGUUGCUACAAGCUAGUCGCUAGCUAGCUGGCUAACUCUUCCCUGCUAGCCGCUGAUGUGGGAUUCAACUUGUUGAUUCAACGGGGGACAUCUGUUGGAAGUUUGCCCUCCACCAUUACAUACUGGGCUUUUAAAUGAACAAAAGAAGCUGAUCGAUCGGCCUUCCUUCACGGUUUUCUCCGAUUGUUUGGAACAAUUGAAUAAAGAUGUCAACAAGGCCCUCACAGGGGCAAGUCAUUGAGAUUUCCACAGGGCAGGAGACGAAGUCAUCUGGUCGAUACAGCAUGUCCCGAAUGAACUCGGGAUCCACGGCCACGUCAGAAGAACAGCCCCACAUCGGUAACUAUCGGUUACUGAAAACCAUCGGUAAAGGCAACUUCGCCAAGGUCAAACUGGCACGACAUGUCCUCACUGGAAAAGAGGUGGCUGUAAAGAUCAUAGAUAAGACACAACUCAACUCCUCCAGUUUGCAAAAGCUCUUUCGGGAGGUGAGAAUCAUGAAGAUGCUGAAUCAUCCCAACAUAGUCAAGCUCUUUGAGGUGAUAGAGACGGAGAAGACUUUGUACCUGGUAAUGGAGUAUGCUAGCGGAGGAGAGGUGUUUGAUUAUCUGGUGGCCCAUGGCAGGAUGAAGGAAAAAGAAGCACGUGCCAAAUUUAGACAGAUCGUGUCAGCAGUGCAGUAUUGCCAUCAGAAAUGUAUAGUACACAGAGACCUCAAGGCGGAAAACCUCCUGCUGGACGCAGACAUGAACAUAAAGAUAGCCGAUUUUGGCUUCAGUAAUGAGUUUACGUUGGGGAACAAGCUGGACACUUUCUGUGGCUCCCCACCCUACGCAGCUCCAGAGCUCUUCCAGGGCAAGAAGUACGAUGGACCUGAGGUGGAUGUCUGGAGCCUGGGGGUGAUCCUCUACACGCUGGUCAGCGGCUCGCUGCCCUUUGACGGACAAAACCUCAAGGAGUUGAGAGAGCGUGUGCUGCGUGGUAAAUACAGGAUUCCUUUCUACAUGUCCACCGACUGUGAGAACUUGCUGAAGAAGUUUUUGAUCCUAAAUCCUUCCAAAAGAGGCAGCCUCGAGCAGCAGAUAAUGAGGGACAGAUGGAUGAAUGUGGGCUACGAAGAGGAUGAACUCAAACCCUACAUCGAACCUCAGCCAGAUUAUAAAGAUCCUAAGAGAACAGGUUUUGAUGUGUUUGCAGAUAAAAUGUUGAGGAUGGGAUAUUCUCAAGAGGAGAUCCAGGAUUCUUUGGUGAACCAGAAGUACAAUGAAGUUAUGGCGACGUACCUGCUUCUAGACUAUAGGAACUCUGAGCUGGAUGAACUACCCCUCAAAGCAAGGCCAGGAGCUGAUCUCAGCAACACAAACGCCCCGUCUCCACCUCACAGGGUACAGCGAAGUGUGUCGUCAAACCAGAAGGCUCAGAAUCGCAGAACCACUGAGCAGGGCUCCUCCUACUCCAGGAGGGGAGGCCAGUCAGACAACCGAUCGACAGCGGAGGAUUCUGGGGGAAAAAGCUCAUCAGGCAGCUCCACCACCAGGGUCGGGGCCAGUCCGCUGGUCCCAUCAGAUCGUAAAAAGAGUGCUACGCCUUCCACUAAUAGCAUCCUUUCCACCGGUACCAGCCGUAGUCGGAACUCUCCAGUGACUGAGAGAGCCACACUUGGUCAGAGCAUUCAGAACGGCAAGGAUAGCCUAAACACUCCGGGCUCCCGAGCCUCCACUGCCUCAGCUGCCGCCGUCCUCUCCUCCUCCUCGCGUCCCCAUCACCAAAAGUCCCUGUCCACCUCCAAUCAUCCAUGCCCCUCUGACCUGCACGCACCACGGUCCAGUGCCGCGUCACAACGGACGCCUGGUGCCUCACCGUCGGCCCACAACAUCAGCAGCGCCACUGUGUCGGACCGAACCAACUUCCCUAGAGGCGGGGUCAUCCGCAGCACGUUCCACGCGGGUCAGCAACGGGGCGCCCGCGACCAGCAGGGCUCCGCUUACCCCGGGGGACCCGCAUCCCCAUCCCUGUCGCAUGGCAACAGCCAGGCCCGUCGGACACACGGCGCCACUGGGAUUUUCAGCAAGUUCACAUCCAAGUUUGUACGCAAAAAUCUCUCGUUAAGGUUUCAAAAAAGGAGUCCGUAUGAGGGAGAGGGUCGGGAUGAGGGCAGCAGAUCCGUGCUAAGCAGUACUGUAGACAAGUCUGAGAAGACCUCCGGCGGCGUUCUGUCCUCCUCAUCCAACAAUGAAGAGAACUCCUCGCCGGGGUCCGGAAACACGGGUGGCACCGGCACCCCUCCGGCCAACGCCAGCCAGAAGGACUCCGCCAAGCCGCGCUCCCUGCGCUUCACCUGGUCCAUGAAGACCACGUCGUCCAUGGAGCCCUCGGAGAUGAUGCGCGAGAUCCGAAAGGUGCUCGACUCCAACAGCUGCGAGUAUGAGCUGCGUGAGCGCUACAUGCUGCUGUGCGUGUCGGGCAACCCGGCGCACGACGACUUUGUCCAGUGGGAGAUGGAGGUGUGCAAGCUGCCGCGGCUCUCCCUCAACGGCGUGCGCUUCAAGCGCAUCUCGGGCACGUCCAUUGCCUUCAAGAACAUUGCUUCAAAGAUUGCCAAUGAGCUGAAACUGUGAGCAGAGAGAAAGAUGAUGCUGUAGUUUGUUUUUGUUUUGUUUGUUUUUUUGGGUGGGGGGGGUUAGCUGAAGGUUGGGGUCACUUUAAAACAUGAUUGUUGUUUAGACUAAAGUCUGAAGUAGGGCUGCGACUAGAAACCUUUCUGAUGGAGAUCUGCUCAGAGCCGACUUCCUCUGAGGUGUGAAGGACUUUCAGACGCCGCUCUUCUCUCCUGGGGGGGGGGGGGUCUCUCAUCCACUAAGACGUUCCACUCUUCUGCAUGUCUGAUCUUCUCUCUGAUUAUUUUUUUAUUUUUUGUUAGGAGGCACUUUGAUCACUUGGACCACUCCAGUUUUUCCUCCUUGUAUUUAUUCAGUUUCUGCACGGUUCUGCUGCCAAGUCUCUUUGGAUGGAAGUGGGAGGGGUCGCACUAAAGUGGGAGGGGGUUUUUGCCGAGCCUUAUUUUAGUACCGACUUGGUUCACGUUUGCUCCGAUGGUCCCAAAAAGUGAACAGACUGAGCCACAAACGCACCGAUUGGACGGCCUCUGUGACGGACCCCCCCUCUGCUCCUGCCCCCCAACAGCACAAACACAUCUGGACUUUCAACCUUCUCACUCCGUUUCUUAGUUUAGUCGCUCAGACUUGAUGUCGCCAUCUUUGUUUUUUGUUUUUUAAGUGGCUUUUUAAGAGUUGUGCACUGGAACAAGAUUGGAGGGGGGGGUUAAGUUGCCUUUAGUAGAACAAUUUAAUUAUGGGGUUAUGUUUUUGUUUUUUAAAAUCAUGCUCACAUGAUUUAUUUGUACUGUUAAGCCCCUAAAGUCCCCCCCCCCCACCCCUACGGCUGGUUGGCAUCACGCCUUCAUAUCCAGAAUGUCAGCCUCUUCCUCUCCCAUCUUCCUCCUGCUUGUUCAAACGUCCCAAAGAGCAAAACUCACAGGAAAAGUCAUCUUUUAUUUUUUCUUUAUUCUGGAGGAUGUGUUAUAAAGAAGAUCACUGGAAGAAAAAAAAAAAAGAAACAAAAAAAAAAGAUAAUUGACGACGAAUGGUUAAUUAUUUUCCUCUACUUUUUGAUUUGAUAAUAUAUUUUUGUGUAGUUGAAAUUAUUGGGGCUUUGUACAGAUUUUUGCGAGGGGGGGGGGAUUUGGAUCAUAUCAUUGCUGCCUUUAUUUUUAUUUUUUUUGAGGGUGUACUGCACCUUUAACGGCUCAGAUUUAACUCCAACCCUCCCUGGAUUAUUGAUCUAUUUAAUGAUGAUGGUGGUGGUGAUGAUGAUGAUGACUACUGCUGGUUUAUUUUGUUUUUUUUGGGCCUUUUUUUUUAUAUUAUUUUUACUUCAUUAAAGGAGGCCUUUGUUGGUCCAGAAUGGCUUGAAGUAGAUAGAGAAAGUUUAGUUUCUCUCAUAUCGGAGCACCCGUUCGGGCUCUGGGGGGG